UUCAUACUACGUAACAGUACGUUGUUUGUACGCAGUCCUGAAGUUAGCUUACGGCAACUAGUUAGCUCACUACCUGCUUACAAUUAGUGAGAUUCAGACAGUCUUAAUAUCUACAAAUACGGCGUCUGCUUCAAAUACUCGAGCUGUCUUUCUCCACUACAGAAGCCGCUUUCCAUUUCGCCUCAGUCGGAGUUUACGAGGAUCGUCGUUAGCCGUUAGCCGAGGAGGCUAACAGGGUCCACAAUGGAGGGCAGCGCCAGCGUGAGGAAGUCUCUGUCCGGGACUCUGGUCCCUUCAGCGGUCACACACACUGUGGCUCUCCUGCAACAACCCGAGGAGACGGACAAGAGCAGGCUGAACAGAAAGGUUCUCGAUGAGGAGCAGUACAUUGAGAGUUUAGAGAAGAUCAUCCAGAGGGACUUCUUCCCAGAUGUGACCAAACUGCAAGCACAGAAGGAUUAUCUUGAUGCAGAGGAAACUGGUGACCUAGAGAGGAUGAGAGAGAUAUCCAUCCGAUAUGGAUCAUCUUUGACAAAAUCUACGCCACGGUCUUCUGCACCCUAUGUGACACCAGCCAGCUUUGAGACUCCAGUGGGCCGAUCGGGGUCUCCCUCCUCCACUCAUGGCGGUAAAGGUUUAGAUGGGGAGAGCAAGGAGGACGAAAAGAAAGAGAAAGAGCUGCCCUGUCUGGAUCGUUUCCUUGCUAAAAAUACCAGUGAGGAUAAUGCAUCAUUUGAGCACAUAAUGGAUUUGGCAGAAGACAAGGAGAAGCUGAAGCAUUACUGGUUAUAUGAGGCUGAGGCUGAAUACAAGCAGCGCCACGAGGAGAACCUUGCCUUACCAUCCGUAGAGAAAGCAGCGCUUGAAUGUGUCAAAGCUGGACUUGAGACAUGGGAGUACAAAGCGAAGAAUGCCUUGAUGUAUUAUCCAGAGGGUGUUAAAGAUGAUGAUGCUUUAUUUAAGAAGCCACGGGAGGUUGUUCACAAGAACACACGCUUUGCUGGAGACCCAUUCAGCAAAGCUCUAAACAAAAGCCAGAUUCAGCAGGCUGCGGCCCUCAAUGCUCAGUUCAAACAGGGUAAAGUCGGCCCCGAUGGGAAAGAGCUCAUCCCACAUGAAUCCCCAUCAGUGAACGGAUAUGGUUUUGAAACGAUGCCUUCCCCAGCUCCUGGUCUCGCUGAGUCACCUCUGAUGACCUGGGGUGAGAUCGAGAGCACCCCAUUUCGUCUGGAUGGAUCAGACAGCCCAUAUAUUGAGAGGAAUCAUGGUCCAUCAUUCAAGAUUCCAGAACCAGGAAGACGAGAGAGGCUGGGUUUAAAGAUGGCCAACGAAGCUGCCGCUAAAAACCGUGCAAAGAAACAAGAGGCAUUGCGAAAGGUCUCAGAGAACCUUGCAAGUCUUACGCCUAAAGGUCUGAGCCCAGCCCUCACCCCCGCCCUGCAGAGGCUCGUAAAUCGGACAUCUAGCAAAUACACAGACAAAGCGCUACGAGCGAGUUACACCCCAUCGCCCUCGCAUGGAGUCGCUGGCUGCAAGUCUCCCUUUGGAGGCCCAGCCACUCCCUCAGGAACGCCGACACCAGACAAAGCGAAGACGCCGAGCUCUCAGGACCUUACAUCACUCACAGACAAUCUGCUGCAACUUCCCAAGAGACGGAAAGCCUCAGACUUUUUCUAAGUAACAGGAGCUGUUCUCUGCUGGGAUUGUACAAAAUAAACUUAUUAUGAUGUGGAGAACCUGAUUUAUAAACUCUCCAAACCCAGUUUUUGUUUCAAAUCUUUCGGCCGGAUGACUGGAAAAAGAAAUGUACAGAGGACUGAAGAAUUUUUAUGGAUUUAUUUGUUACAUUUUUGUGCAGAUGGGUUAAUGGAGAUCCCUGUAAAACAUAUCUUGGUGUCCAAAUUCUAUUUAAUUACUUGUUUCCUAUAUUUUGUUUUAUCCCAAAUGCAAGGUUUCCUUUUUAUUUCCUUCUGCCACACACCUAGCAGCACACGCUUAAAUUAUAUUAACAUAAUUAUAAUACAGUAGCUGUUUCUGAGUCACACAUACAAAUUAAAUUUCAACACACAGCAUCUAGUAGCUAUUGCCUUCAUACAUGCUGCUUUGACGUUUUAGUGUUUGUUUCUGCAUUAUGGAAAUUACUUAAAAUGACAGGGAAAACCACACAGGGCUUCAGCUCUUUGUUGUCAGAGUAAAUGAUUGUUUCUUCUUGCCCUGUCUGCUCUUAAUUUAGAGUUGAAAAAUGUUAGCAGCGUCAUAAAACUGUACAAGCUUUCAUAAAAUCUGUUAUUAAAUUGGACAUAUUUGAC